GCUGGCCAACAUGGCGGCCGAGUCGGCGAUGGAGCUGCUGUUUCUAGACACUUUCAAGCACCAGAACGCGGAGCAAAGUACCAACAUCGAUGUGGUUCGCUUCCCGUGUGUGGUGUACAUCAACGAAGUUCGCGUCAUCCCACCGGGAGUGAGAGCCCAUAGCAGUCUGCCGGACACCAGGGCGUACGGAGAGACGUCUCCUCAUACAUUUCAAUUGGAUUUGUUCUUCAAUAAUGUCAGUAAGCCUAGUGCCCCAGUUUUUGACAGGCUGGGAAGCCUUGAAUAUGAUGAAAACUCCUCCAUCAUCUUUAGACCCAAUGCAAAGGUAAAUACCGACGGGUUGGUUUUAAGAGGCUGGUACAACUGUCUGACGCUAGCGAUAUACGGAUCAGUCGACAGAGUAAUAAGUCACGACAGAGACUCUCCACCACCACCUCCGCCGCCUCCGCCACCUCCCCAGCAACAGCCCACGUUGAAAAGGAACCCGAAACACGCAGACGGAGAUAAAGAAGAUCAAUUCAACGGAAGCCCCCCGCGGCCCCAACCCCGGGGACCCAGAACUCCGCCGGGCCCCCCUCCCCCGGACGACGACGAAGAUGAGCCGAUGCCUGUCCCAGUAGUUGGCGAGAAGGAGGACGAAGCGCCUCACCGAGAAGACUACUUCGAGCCCAUCUCCCCGGAUCGCACGUCAGUUCAGCAAGAGGGGCAGUACUCCGAUGAAGGGGAGGUGGAAGAGGAACAGCCGGAAGAAGGAGAGGAUGAAGAAGAAGAUGUGGAGGUUGAGGAAGACGAGGAGGAGGAGGAGGAGGAGGAGGAGGAUGGGCGGACAGUUGAGAGCAUCCCCGAGGAGGAGGAAGAUGACGAUGAGGUAGAUGGUGAAGAGGAGGAGGAAGUCGAAGGAGACGAUGGCUAUGAACAGAUUUCAAGCGAUGAAGAUGGAAUUGCCGAUUUAGAGCGGGAAACGUUUAAAUAUCCCAACUUCGAUGUAGAAUACACCGCUGAGGAUUUAGCCUCCGUGCCUCCGAUGACUUACGAUCCUUAUGACCGCGAGCUUGUACCUCUUUUGUACUUCAGCUGCCCCUACAAGACGACUUUUGAGAUCGAAGUUAGCAGAAUGAGAGACCAGGGGCCCGAUAAAGAGAACUCGGGGGCGGUGGAAGCUUCGGUGAAGUUGAGCGAACUCUUAGAACUGUAUCAGGAAGAUCGGGGUGCCAAGUGGGUUACAGCUUUGGAAGAAAUCCCAAGUUUAAUCGUGAAGGGGUUGAGUUAUUUGCAGUUGAAGGACGCCAAACAAGAUCAUCUCGGCCAGUUGGUUGACUGGACCAUGCAAGCUUUAAAUCUUCAGGUAGCCCUCAGGCAGCCCAUCGCCUUAAAUGUCCGACAGCUGAAAGCUGGUACCAAGCUGGUGUCCUCGUUAGCAGAAUGCGGCGAGCAGGGAGUGACGGGACUCUUGCAAGCGGGCGUUAUCGACGGACUGUUUGAACUGCUUUUUGCCGAUCACGUAUCCUCGUCUCUCAAACUCAAUGCCUUCAAAGCCCUGGACGGCGUGAUCAGUAUGACCGAGGGCAUGGAAGCGUUUUUAAAAGGGCGGCAAGAGGUCCAUGAGAAAAGCGGCUACCAGAAACUUUUAGAACUCAUACUGCUGGACCAGACGGUGAGGGUGGUCACGGCCGGUUCCGCCAUUCUCCAGAAAUGUCACUUCUACGAGAUUCUGUCAGAAAUUAAGAGACUCGGUGAUCAGCUGGCAGAGAAGACCUCUCCCCUUCCUAAUCACAACGAAUCCGAGCAGGACGCGGACUCCGGACUGGAGCGGCCAAAUCCAGAGUAUGAAAACGAAGUGGAAGCCUCCAUGGAUAUGGACCAUCUUUUGGAGUCCUCGAAUAUAAGUGAAGGAGAGAUAGAAAAGCUCAUUAACCUCCUAGAUGAAAUCUUCCAUUUGAUGGAGACUGCCCCUCACACGAUGAUUCAGCCCCCUGUCAAGUCUUUCCCGACGACAGCGCGUAUUACCGGGCCUCCAGAGAGGGAUGAUCCCUAUCCCGUCCUCUUCAGGUACCUUCACAGCCACCACUUCUUAGAACUGGUCACCCUGCUGCUGUCCAUCCCGGUCACCAGCGCUCACCCCGGGGUGCUGCAGGCGGCUCGGGACGUUUUGAAGUUCCUGGCCCAGUCCCAGAAGGGGCUCCUCUUCUUCCUGUCCGAGUACGAGGCCACCAACCUGCUGAUCCGCGCCCUGUGUCACCCGUUCGAGCAGGACGAGGACGAGGGGCUCCAGGCGGAGGGCGUCACGGACGACGCGUUCGCCCUGUGGCUGCAGGACUCCACCCAGACCCUGCAGUGCAUCACGGAGCUGUUCUGUCACUUCCAGCGCUGCUCCGCCAACGAGGAGACCGACCACGCCGACCUGCUGGGCACGCUUCAUAACCUUUACCUCAUCACCUUCAACCCCGUGGGACGGUCGGCCGUGGGCCACGUAUUCAGCCUUGAGAAAAAUCUCCAGAGCCUCAUUACCCUUAUGGAGUACUAUUCCAAAGAGGCUUUAGGGGACUCCAAGUCAAAGAAAUCGGUAGCGUAUAAUUACGCCUGCAUACUGGUACUGGUGGUGGUUCAGUCUUCUAGUGAUGUCCAAAUGCUGGAGCAGCACUCAGCCCCUCUCCUGAAGCUCUGCAAAGCAGAUGAAAACAACACCAAAUUGCAAGAACUGGGAAAGUGGUUGGAACCUCUUAAAAAUCUUAGAUUUGAAAUUAACUGCAUCCCAAGCCUAAUCGACUAUGUUAAACAGAAUAUCGAUAAUCUGAUGACCCCUGAAGGAGUCGGUCUGCCCACCGCUCUCCGCGUCCUGUGCAACGUAGCGUGCCCCCCUCCUCCUGUAGAAGGUCAGCAGAAAGAUCUGAAGUGGAACCUUGCCGUCAUCCAGCUGUUCUCCGCGGAAGGCAUGGACACCUUCAUCCGGGUGCUGCAGAAACUGAACGGGCUUUUGACGCAGCCUUGGCGGCUCCACGUCAACAUGGGCACCACCCUCCACCGAGUCACCACCGUCUCCAUGGCCCGCUGCACCCUCACCCUCCUGAAAACCAUGCUCACCGAGCUGCUGCGGGGCGGGGCCUUCGAGUUCAAAGACCUGCGCGUCCCCUCCGCCCUGGUGACCCUGCACAUGCUGCUGUGCUCCAUCCCGCUGUCGGGCCGCCUCGACAGCGACGAGCAGAAGAUCCAGAACGACAUCAUCGAUAUCCUGCUGACGUUUACCCAGGGGGUCAAUGAGAAGCUCACCAUCUCCGAAGAGACGCUGGCCAACAACACCUGGUCCUUGAUGUUAAAAGAGGUUCUCUCGUCCGUCCUGAGGGUCCCCGAGGGAUUUUUUUCCGGGCUCAUAUUGCUCUCGGAGCUCCUGCCGCUGCCGUUGCCCAUGCAGACAACUCAGGUUAUCGAGCCGCAUGACGUAUCCGUGGCCCUCAACACCAGAAAACUGUGGAGCAUGCACCUUCACGUCCAAGCCAAGCUGCUGCAAGAAAUAGUCCGGUCGUUCUCUGGCACGACUUGCCAGCCGAUUCAGCAUAUGCUGCGGCGCAUCUGCGUUCAGCUCUGCGACCUCGCCUCCCCAACCGCGCUUCUCAUUAUGAGAACCGUGCUGGAUCUGAUCGUAGAGGAUUUGCAGAGCAGUUCCGAAGAAAAAGAAAAACAGUACACAGGACAAACUGCCAGAUUGCUUGCUCUACUUGAUGCCCUGGCCUCACACAAAGCCUGUAAAUUAGCUAUUUUGCACCUCAUUAAUGGAACUAUUAAAGGAGAUGAAAGGUAUUCAGAGAUUUUCCACGAGCUGCUGGCGCUGAUGCGCUCUGCCGGGGACAGUGUGAUUCACCAACAGUGCGUUGAGUGUGUGACGUCCAUUUUGCAGUCUCUCUGUGAUCAGGACAUUGCCCUGAUCUUGCCAAGUUCUUCGGAGGGCUCCGUCUCGGAAGUGGAGCAGCUGUCCAAUUCCCUGCCGAACAAGGAGCUGAUGUCCUCCAUCUGCGACUGUCUGAUGGAAACGCUGGGCAACGCCGAGAGCAGUUACAACUGCUUGCUGACGUGCGUCAGGACGAUGAUGUUCCUCGCGGAGCACGAUUAUGGAUUCUUUCAUUUGAAGAGUUCCUUAAGAAAACACAACAAUGCAUUACAUAGUUUACUGAAGAGAGUGGUUACCAUCUUCACUAAGGACACAGCAGAACUAGCGUCUUCUUUUUUGGACUUUAUGAGGCAGAUUCUAAACUCUGAUACAAUGGGUUGUUGUGGAGAUGAUGGUGGUCUCAUGGAAGUAGAUGGUUCUCAUCCGUCAAGGACACUAAGUCUUAACACUGCAGAAUUAAAACAACUUUUACAGGAUAAAGAAGAAACUCCGGAAAACUUGUUCCUUGAACUUGAAAAGCAUGUUUUGGACCAUGCUAAAGAUGAUGACAACCUGGAUUCUUUGCUGGACAACGUGGUUGGACUCAGGCAGAUGCUCGAAUCAGCUGGUGACCCUGCCCCACUCAGUGACCAAGAUGUAGAGCCGCUACUUUCAGCACCAGAGUCUCUUCAAAAUCUGUUCAAUAACAGGACUGCCUACGUGCUAGCCGAUGUCAUGGAUGACCAGCUGAAGUCUUUGUGGUUCUCCCCGUUCCAGGCUGAAGAAAUUGACUCCGACUUAGAUUUGGUAAAGGUUGACUUGAUUGAGCUGUCUGAAAAAUGUUGCAGCGACUUUGACUUGCAAGCAGAGUUGGAGCGAUCGUUUCUGUCCGAACCUUCAUCCCCAGGCAGAACCAAGACCACUAAAGGGUUCAAGCUCGGCAAGCACAAGCACGAGACGUUCAUAACUUCGAGUGGCAAAUCCGAGUACAUCGAACCCGCAAAGCGGGCACACGUUGUGCCCCCGCCCCGAGGAAGGGGACGGGGGGGAUUUGGACAGGGCAUCCGCCCCCAUGACAUAUUCCGUCAGAGGAAGCAGAACACAAGCAGGCCGCCUUCUAUGCACGUGGACGAUUUUGUGGCUGCGGAAAGCAAAGAGGUGGUCCCCCAGGAUGGGAUCCCACCCCCGAAGAGACCACCCAAAGUGUCGCAGAAGAUUUCUUCUCGCGGCGGCUUCUCAGGAAACCGAGGAGGCCGGGGUGCUUUCCACAGCCAGAACCGGUUCUUCACGCCGCCGGCUUCGAAGGGAAACUACAGUCGUCGGGAGGGAACACGCGGUUCAAGUUGGAGCGCUCAGAGCACACCCCGAGGCACUUACAACGAAAGCAGAGGUGGUCAGAGUAAUUUCAACAGAGGCCCGCUGCCGCCGUUACGGCCACUGAGUUCCGCAGGCUACCGUCCAAGUCCCCGUGACCGGGCUUCCAGAGGCCGUGGCGGGCUCGGCCCGUCCUGGGCGAGCGCGAACAGCGGCAGCGGAGGCUCGAGGGGCAAGUUCGUCAGUGGAGGAAGCGGGAGAGGCCGCCACGUGCGGUCCUUCACGCGAUAAACCGGAGUCUCGGGAGGCUCCCGCUUCACGAAGACAAUUUUUUUUAAAAAAGAAUUUAAGGCACUGAAGGACCAAUGUAGACUUAACUGAUACCUGGAGACGUCCGAGAGAUUAUUUUUAUCUGAAGAAAAGCUGAUUUUGUUUGAUACGAAACUGGAGAUUUCAAUAAAGUCCACACCUUUUUACGUA